GCUGACGGAUACCCCAUGGAGCGACAUGCAGUAACCACCAGCGAUGGUUACAUACUCACCAUGCAUCGCAUACCUUACUCUCCGAAGGAGGGACCCACUGAUGGACGGCCAGUUGCAUUUCUUAUGCACGGCAUGUUGAGUUCCUCCUCCGACUGGGUGCUAAUGGGCCCGAAUAAAGCGCUCGCCUAUAUACUCGCCGAUGCCGGUUACGAUGUAUGGAUGGGUAAUGCUCGUGGUAAUACUUACUCGAAAAAGCAUCGCACUUGGCCCACAUACUGGCAAGUUUUCUGGAAUUUCAGUUGGCAUGAAAUUGGAAUUUACGAUUUGCCUGCUAUGAUCGAUUACGUGCUAGAUUACACCGGGAACACACAGUUGCAGUACAUUGGCCACUCGCAAGGCACCACAGUUUACUUGGUGCUGAUGUCGGAGAAGCCAAGCUACAAUAAUAAAAUUAAAUCGGCACACAUGUUGGGGCCCGCCGCCUAUAUGGGUAAUAUGAAGAGUCCAUUGACGCGUGCCUUUGCGCCCAUUUUGGGUCAGCCCAAUGCUAUGGUCGAACUGGUGGGUUCGAUGGAGUUCAUGCCAAGCAAUAAGUUCAAGCAAGACUUGGGCAUUGAGAUGUGUCAAGCGACAUCGCCGUUUGUCGAAAUGUGCGCUAAUGAGAUAUUUCUAAUUGGAGGAUACGACUCCGAACAGUUGGAAUAUGAGCUGUUGGAACAUAUCAAGGCCACUUCGCCCGCAGGUGCUUCAGUUAACCAGAAUCUGCACUUCUGUCAGGAGUACAAUUCGAAAAAGUUCCGCAAGUUCGAUUACAGCGUUCUUCGUAAUCCGUUAGAGUAUGGAGGUAGUAUGUACCCACCCAACUACAAGCUAAGUAAUGCUAAAGCACCUGUAAUGCUCUACUAUGGCGCCAAUGAUUGGAUGUGUGAUGUUACUGAUAUUCGAAGAUUACGCGACGAACUGCCGAACAUGAAGUUAGACUAUCUUGUACCCUUCACGAAAUGGGCACAUUUGGACUUUAUUUGGGGCAAAGAGGCAAAGAAAUACGUCUACGAUAAAGUCUUGGAAGAAAUGAAAAAAUAUGAGUAACGUGAAAAAGAUUUAGAAAUGAAAUGC